CGGGAGAGUGUGCUGCAGCCACUACCAGCGCUUAGGGGCCAAAUCCAUCAGAGAAGAAAUUUGGCCAAGAUGGAACUCUGGACACCACUCUGGACCGGCCAUGGACCACGGGUGGGGCUCUGGUGAAAUUUCGGCAGCCAUAGUGAGGUUACCCCUGCUUGCUUCCCAACCGGGUGCAAAGGCCGAAAGAGCUGCUGGUUCUUCUCACAUUUGAGAGCUUGUUGGGCAACCAUCUGCUCAAGAAGACGCACAGACUUUUGACUGUUUCACCUUUUGACCUUGUGUCCAUUAUUGUGAGAUCCUAAGCAGUGGAUAUCGCUUUGCCUCCAUCGAAGGCCGAGAGUGCUCCUGUGAUUGUCUCAAACAAGUCUUCCCAAGAAUAGGCCCAGUUUUGUUUCCGUACUGAUCCACCCAGCAAUUGAGGUCCUCCCAUCUCCAUCUAGAAGAUGACUGACAUGGAGCGCUUCGUCUCCACCUCCUCGCCCUCCCCUUGGACGGCCCAACCCACGUCUGUCCCAGAGCCCCGACUUGCCUCGGCCCACCGCCCAGAACUCUGCUACCCAACGGCGGACGCAAACCAUGUCAACAUCAUCCUGUACCAUUACAACUUCACAGGGAGGAUGCAGAAUCGCCGUCCCCAGGAAGACCAGAUGAGUGUCCUAAAGAUGAUCAUCGUUGCUGCCAGCUGCCUCAUCAUCCUGGAGAACCUGGUGGUGCUGGUGGCCAUCAUCCGCAAAGUGCGCGCCCGCCGCUGGGUCUACUCUUGCCUGGCCAGCAUCACCCUCAGUGACCUCUUAGCCGGUACGGCCUACUUGCUCAACCUCUGCUUGUCGGGGAGCCGGACCUUCCAGCUGUCGCCCGCCAUGUGGUUCCUCCGCGAGGGGGUCCUCUUUGUCGCCCUGGCGGCCUCCACCUUCAGCCUGCUGGUGACGGCCGUGGAGCGCUACAGCGCCAUGGUGAAGCCCAUCGCCGAGAAGGAGUCCAGCAAGACCGCCCGCCUGAGGGCUCUCCUCGCCUUCUGCUGGAGCCUGGCCAUCCUCAUUGGCCUCCUCCCCUUGCUGGGCUGGAAUUGCAUCUGCAACGUCUCCCGUUGCUCCACGCUCCUGCCCCUCUACGACAAGAACUACAUCCUCUUCGCCGUGAUCAUGUUCAGCAUCAUCCUCGUGGGCGUCGUGGGCCUCUACGCCUCCAUCUACUGCUGGGUCCGGAAAAGCGCCCAGCAGACCUUUUCCCGGUGCAGCCGGAAGAGGUCUCUGCGGCUGCUGAAGACGGUAUUGGUGAUCCUCUGCACCUUCCUAAUCUGCUGGACCCCUCUCUUCAUCCUCCUCCUGAUAGAUACCUUUUGGGGGAGCACAGCCUGGGCUCCCCAUAAAGUCUUUGGCUGGAUCUUGACCUUGGCCGUGGCCAACUCGCUCAUCAAUCCCAUCAUCUACUCCUUGGGGAGCAAGGAGGUGAGGAGGGCUGUCGUGGAGCUCCUCUGCUGCUGCUGCAUCCAGGCUGGGGUGCGUGGCCCCCGAAACUGCCUUGUUGCCAGCGAUAUCCACGCCAGCUCUUCCACAGGCUCCUUGAAAGUGCGUGGCAGCUUCCGUAGCCCAGUAGCCUUCAGCAGGAGAACCAGAGAACCGCUCUCCAGCAAUUCAAGUGUGCUGACCAAUGACACGUCAGGGCUGCACCACACCGUGGACUAGAAUCGGGACUCUCCUAUAGCGCCACACUCUGGGCUAGAAUCUCAACUCUUCCAGACACGAGGAGGAGAACCCUCAGAACUGUUGUGCAUGUCUUCAGGAGGUUCAGAGGAAGACCAGAAAUCUCAAAGAUGACAGCGCCAUUCCUAUUGCUGCAAUGUGUUCCCUGGAUGUGUAUUUUGUCUCACUGAUGUAUAUUUUUUAAAUUACAUAUAUGCGAGUCUGAAGAAGAA